AAAAAAUGAUUUCAGUAAUUCGACAUGGCAUUCAAUAUGGGCGAGGAACUUUGGUAUGCCUCUCAAAAACAAGUUCAGGUACACAGAUGGCAGCAGCCCGCUGUCCAGUCUUGUUACAACGGAAUGCUAGCCACAGAAAAUCUACUUUACAAAUGAUGAGCACUUCAGUAUCUAGAACAGAUGUAACGCCUUCAAGUAUACUCUUGUUAAUUGUUCCAAUAUCAACUUUCUGCUUGGGUACAUGGCAGUAUCAGCGGAGGAAGUGGAAGCUCAACUUGAUUGCUGAACUAGAGGAGAAGACCAAGACUCCACCUAUUGAUCUUCCUCAAGACUUGUAUGAGUUGAAUGAUUUGGAAUAUCAGCGAAUAAAACUCACUGGAACAUUUGACCAUACAAGAGAAAUCUUCUUAGGUCCACGUCCAUUAAUG